AUGCUAAUUAAAAAUAAGUCCAACAGGAAGAAGAAAGAGGACAAAUAUAAAAUUCCAUAUGAAUCUGAGAGAUCUGAGGAAGAAUCUUCAAAUCUUGCCUCCUUAGCUGCUUCAUUUGCUUAUAAGUAUGAAAACAGUGAUGUCCAUGUUGUACCCUCUAAUUCCUCUGGUGAUGAAAAGAAGAAUUUCAAACGUAAGAGUAGUAUGAAUUUGAGAUUUAAUUAUAAAACUGGUUCAACUAAUAAUGAAAAUAAACAUGGUUUUCUAAAGCAUAACAUCUUUAGACACAAAUCCCUGAGAAUCUUAUCAAAUAAAGAAAAUAGUUUUGAUAAUGAACAUAUUCAAGAUGCGUCGACUCAUAAACGCCAUUACAGUCUCUAUUCUGCUGGUAAGAAUGGAAAGCUAUCUAGGCAGUCUGACAGAAUGUUACCUCUUAGUCCAUCAGAGCCAAAGGAGAGGAUUGUUACUGACAACAAACCAGUAGAUUUUGAAAGAGAAACAGUAGAUAUACCGGUAUAUCAACAUAUUAAUGAAACGGAUUCCGCUUAUUAUCCAAAUAUUAAUGAUGAGAACUUUAUUAAUAUUCUUGAUAAUAUAUCAUUAGAAGAACACAUGCCAAUUAUAGCGAAGGUUGUAUGUGACAAUAGUGAAUUAAUAAACGACACACAAGAUGUUCUGAUAAGGCCUGAUUCUUUUGAAGGAAAUGCAGACGGCGAAAUAAUAUAUAAUAUCAUUGAUCCUACAGCUGCAUAUAAUCGUUUAGAUGGAAAUGAAAAUAUUAUAACAAAUCCAGAUGAUGGUAUUGAUAUGAAGAUGGCAGAAGUUACUGAUUUACUUUCUCAAGCAAUCAUGGAAGGACAAAAUACGCCAGAUUCAGUAACCGCCAUUAAUCAAUUCAAGAAUAGAGCGUCAUAUUUCUCUUCUAACUUAUCAAACUCAAGCAUUACAACUUCUUUGCAAAUUGAAUCAACCAAAGGAACUCCACGGAGGAUAAAUAACAAAGAUGUUGGAAGUUCCUUACAAGAUACUGAUAACAUAAGUACAACAUUUCGUCAUAACAAUAAUAAAGUACCUCAAAAAGAUGAAGUAAUAAAGCUAUCAUUCAAUCAAUUAUUUAAUGAUAAACAAAGAAGGUUGCAGAGGAAUUCUUCCGUUCCAAUUUCAGUACCACAUAAAGGUGACGACAAUUUUGGAACUUCAAUAUCAAAUUCGGACAUUAAUAAUGAGAAACUCUUGAGGAAAAAGGGAUCUCUUCCAAAUUUAAAAUAUAACAAUAAUAUUCCUUACGAUAACUCUAAACUACGUCUGACGAACAUUGUCCCACCUACAAGGUCAUCAAGAAGACCGGCAACAAGCCCAGUAUCCAACAAUAAAAUUUUUUUUAAUAUUCUAGAUGACAAUAAUGGUGAGAGUUCCUUUUCAUCAAACUGCCACGAAAAUAGUUACACCACAAAUGUGUUGUUCUCUGAUUCUGAUACGGUUUCCGACAGAAUAUUUUCAACAGGUAAUCCUAGUUCUUCAAGCUUAAAUGUAAGUAUAUCAAGUCCUGGUAAAAAUAAGCAUUCAGAUUUUGCCCCACCUCCAGCUAUUUCUGAAAUUCAGACAGGAACUAGUUCGAAUUACUCUGAUAAAAUCAUGCAAAAUAUUCAAGUUCCAAAACCAAACCCAUACGUUACAAAGAUAGAUUUUACCAAUGAAAUUCAUGUGGAUUCUCAUCAAGAUCAAUAUUCAACUAUUGCUGGAAUGCAGCAAAACCACCAUUCUAAUAUUGACGAAAUUCACCACAGCAAAGCAUUUGGUAAGAAGUUUAAAUCAAUCGUCUCAAAAAGAUUAUCAAAAAUAACACAUUGA